AUGUCUUCAAACACACGGACUCAACUCAGCUACAUUUCUCUUCUUCGAGGUGUCAAUGUUGGAGGACAUCGAUCGAUCAAAAUGUCGGAAUUACAAUCCAUCUUUUCCAGUGUUGGCUGCAUCAAUAUCAAGACAUUAAAGACAAGUGGCAAUGUUGUUUUUGAGUAUUUGCAUUCAGAUCAUGGUGUUGAUGACGUGAAAAACCUUGAACAAGCUUAUUCGAAGGGCCAAUCACACAAAGAUUUAUAUGUGACCUUGUUAGCAGAAACACCAAGUGAUGAAAGUAUGAAAGAAGUGUGUGAUGACAGAAAAUUAUUUGAACCUGAUGAAUUUCAUAUUGAGGGAAGAACCAUUUACAUGAAAUUAGUCAAUACUGCAACGAAAACCAAAUUAACCAACAAGUAA